CACUCGCUCUCUCUGCCGCUUCGGUCUGUGCGCUGACGCCGCAGCUCCAGUAGCUUCUCUCUCUCUCUCCCUAUAAUAUUACAGCAGUCAUGGCGACAGUGACAGUCCAACCGCUAACCCUGGAGCGAGAUGUUGCCAGGGUGAUUGAGUUGCUGGAAAAAUUACAGGAGUCAGGUGAUGUCCCGGGUCACAAGCUGCAGUCCCUAAAGAAGGUUCUACAGAGUGAGUUCUGCACAGCCAUAAGAGAGGUUUAUCAAUACAUGCAUGAAACGAUAACAGUGAAUGGCUGUCCGGAGUAUCAAGCACGUGCCACGGCUAAGGCCACAGUGGCGGCGUUUGCGGCCAGCGAGGGUCAUUCACACCCGCGAGUGGUGGAGCUUCCCAAGACAGAGGAGGGACUAGGCUUUAAUGUAAUGGGCGGUAAAGAGCAAAACUCUCCAAUCUACAUCUCUCGCAUCAUCCCCGGGGGCCUGGCCGAGAGGCAGGGGGGUCUGAAGAGAGGAGACCAGCUCCUGUCUGUCAAUGGUGUGAGCGUGGAGGGCGAACACCACGAGAAAGCGGUGGAGCUGCUGAAGGCGGCCAGGGACAGCGUCAAACUGGUGGUGCGCUACACGCCUAAAGUCCUGGAGGAGAUGGAGGCCCGAUUCGAGAAGCUCCGCACUGCCCGUAGACGUCAACAGCAGCAGCUUCUAAUGCAGCAACAGCAGAACCUGGCCGCCCAGCAGAACCACAUGUCGUAGGCUCUUUCAAAAGAAGAAAAAGUAGAGGACAGUAGAUGAGACAGUCUCGGCCUCCCAAGCAUGACGUAAGGAGAUCCAAGAGGAGGACCCUUACUGUUCUCCAGUAAAGACUAUCCUCUGUCAAUGUACUACCUACAACUCAAAAGGUUAAAAACUCCAUGAUCUUUGUCCCAAAUUGGUGCUUGGAAAAACGUAUGUGACAAGAGAGAGAAAGGCUCCGGGUACACGGUUUUACAGUUAAUGUUCAUAUUUCAGUUGUCUGGAACCAGUCGCAAGUUGUGACCCUCUUCAAAUGUCCUUCUUGUAGUUUUGUGAUAACGUGUUUACUUGACAUGUAUUUCCGAAGCGUUUUUAUUAUUGUUUCCUUUCCGUUGCCACAGCUUUGUGCAGUAUCCUUUUGAUGGGUUCUUUUGAUGCUUGUGUUUCUGUGAAUUGAAAGCGCUUUUUACGUCGGAUGUCAUUAAUUGGAAAACAUUGAGGUAUAUUACACCACACUGUAGCAAGGAGUAUUUUGUUAAGAAAGUAGAUUUAGCAAUAACACUUGUUUUGUCACAUUUAAUUGUAUAAAUUAUGAUUAGAAAGUUCACUUAAAUGGGAGGGGGUGAAUCUUGGAACAUAAAAAUUAAUUAAACUGUAUCGUAUGCAUCAUGUGACAUAAGCCACAAACAUAAUUUGCACAGAAUGAAUGGAGAACGGAGCGGCACGGAUAGGGAUUCAUUUCUACCUAGAGCAUCUUGUAUGGCAGGUAUGGUUUAUCAGAAAUAUUACUAUAAAUAUUGCUAUUAUAAAAAUAUAAGUAUAUGUGAGGACAAGUCGAAUGUUAAACACAGCUACAGUAUGUGAACUCUACAAAUCAUUUUAUUCUUUUAAAGUUAUAUUUUCUAGUUUAUCUCAGAGGUUUAAAAGAUUAUGCUGUUAUUUAUAUACUGAAUGUAUACAUUUUACGUAACCGACCACCUCAUUCACUGAAAGCAUUGUCCUGUUUUGACAAUCAAUUUAUGAAGAAAUCAUUAAUCCAUUGCAUCGUUUAAUUAAAAUAAAAAAAUGAAUUUUUAUAACCUCAAACGCCGGAAAAUAUCCAUUCAUUGCAAUGCUGUUGUACUGUUAGUUGAAUACUGAUAGAAGCAAAAUUGUACAUGGGCAACUAUAAAUCAGCAAACAAAUGUAAUAUUGUAUCUGUGUUGUUAUUUCAUUUGAUGAUUUUACUGCGUAUGACUUUGGUAGAUAUUUGAACUCUGUUGGUUGGUUUUUGAGUAAACUUGAAGUGUGGGUUACAUGUAAACGUGUCAUCCUAUAAGACAAAACCAUGCAAAGCUGUGAAGUUGAUUUGUUCCUUGACUUUUACUAUGUUCAUUACAAUUGAUCUCUUCCCCUUUUAUAUGUUUACUUACAGACUUUCUUAUUAAAGACUUGCAUUUUUGAGGCUGGAAAAGCUGAUCUUAUUAUACAGCAAGAAAAAAAACUACCGAGUGAUAUGCAAUUGUUAUACAUAUUAUAUUUGUAUAAAUAAAUAUAUGUGCGUGUA